UGUGUGCGUGCGUGCGUGCGUGUGUGUGUUUACUUCUGCAGUAUAUGGGCUGCAUUGAGGUCCAGAAGUCAAUGCGCUCCCUGGAUUUCAACACACGGACUCAGGUGACCAGGGAGGCCAUCAACAGGCUAUGUGAGGCAGUACCAGGAGGAAAAGGGGCCUGGAAAAGGAAGGCGGCCAACAAGGCUCUCUCGUCGGUGAUGGGCAAGAGUAACCUGCGCUUCGCUGGCAUGAGCAUCGCCGUCAACAUCUCCAUAGAGGGGCUCAGUCUCAUCAUACCUACCACAAGACAGGUACGGGGCCGCUUAACACUUUGGGUGUACU